CUGAGACAGGUGUCACCCAUAACUGAAUGUGGUAGAGAAGCAGCGGCGAAGAGGCACGUUGCCAGCAGUCGAUUCAUUGUCGGUCGUCGUCGCAUCUUCAUCCCUCCACCACGCAAUGCCGUUCGUUCCUAG